GUCGCCUCGCUAAGGCGCAGGUUCACUCUUCUCCGAGAGGCUGGCCCAGUCCUCCGCCUCGGCCAGAAUGGACUUCAGGGAAAUUCUCCUGAUAGCUUCCAAAGCACAAGGUGUCAACAACGUGCCGAUUUCUAGGUUUUGAUCUAAACUGUGCCUAAGAGAAUAUUUUAAUACUCUCCUGGUUUCUGCUUUUGAGUGCAUCAAGCUACAGAGGAUAAAAGAUACAGUUUGGCAGUGGGGCCUCCCAAAAAAGACCCAAAAGUUAAGGGUGUCCAGUCGGCAGCUGUCCAGGCUUUUCUCAGAAGAAAAGAAGAAGAGCUCAGAAAAAAAGCUUUGGAAGAGAAAAGGAGAAAAGAAGAACUAGUGAAAAAGCGAAUUGAGCUAAAACAUGACAAGAAAGCAAGAGCUAUGGCCAAGAGGACAAAGGAUAAUUUCCAUGGUUACAAUGGGAUUCCUGUUGAGGAGAAGUCAAAGAAGAGGCAGGCAAUGCAAACCCACACUAGCCAGGGAACAGACCAAGAGUUUGAGAUGGAGGAAGAGGAUGAAUUCUUAGAAUACAAUCAAGCAGAGUCAGAGCAAGAGUAUGAGGAAGAGCAAGAACCUCCCAAAAUUGAAAGCAAGCCAAAGGUCCCCCUUAAAAGUGCCCCACCACUCAUGAACUUCAAUGAUCUGCUCAGGCUGGCCGAGAAAAAGCAGUACGAACCGGUGGAGAUAAAGGUAGUGAAGAAGACAGAGGAGCGGCCUAUGACUGCAGAAGAACUUAGGGAGCGAGAAUUCCUUGAACAAAAGCGGAGGAAAAGGAAACCUGAGACAGAUGCAGGAUUACCACCAACCAGAAAAGCACCCUCUCAGAAAGAAAGUGUGGGCACAAAACUUAGCAAAGGUUCUGGAGACACACAUCCUUCUUCCAAGGGUACUCCCCUUCCUCAUGCUGAGAAGAAAUCCAGACCCAGCACAGCUAAUGAGAAACACUUGCGUUUAUCUUCAUCCAAAUCCAUGCCAGGAGAAAGGACCAAAGUAGUAUCUGGCAAUUGCGCCCAACCCUUGCCUUGUGAGGGCCGUGACAGACCUGUUUUCAAUGGGGCUGGAAAGCCCUUCUCCAGCACCUGUUCACCAAGUAUCCCAAAGACUUCUGCUAAAGGGACUCCAAAAUCUGCUACUGAGCACAAAGCCAAAAAAUCUCCUCAUCCUAGCCGUUCCAGGCCUGGACCCAUGGUCACCCCACACAAUAAGGCCAAGAGUCCAGGUGUCAGGCAGCCAGGCAGCAGCUCCAGCUCAGCCCCUGGGAGGCCUAGCACAGGGACUGCUCGGCCCACAGUUAGUUCUGGCCCCGUGUCCAGGCGCCAGAAUGGCAGCUCCAACUCAGGACCCGAGCGAUCAGUCAGUGGGACCAGGAAGCCAACCAGUGACUUAAAUCCCCCAGGACGGACAGUCAGUGGUACAGGUGGCCUUGGUCGACCUGCAGGCAGCUCAGGUUGCCCUGGGCGACCUACCAGUGGCUCCGGUGGUUCUGUGCGGCCUGUGGGCAGCUCUGGUGGCCUUGGGCGGGCUGUGGGCAGCUCUGGUGGCCCUGGGUGGCCUGUGGGCAGCUCUGGUGGCCCUGGGCGGCCUGUGGGCAGCUCUGGUGGCCCUGGGCGGCCUGUGAGCAGUCCACAUGACCUUCGACGACCAGUGAGUGGCUCAGGGGCCGCUAGGCAGUCAGUCAAUGGCCCUGGCCGAUCAGUAGUUCCAGCUGGACGAACUGUCAGCAGUUCAGGCCCUGGUAGACCAGUGAGCAGCUUUGGACCUGGGCGAGCAGUUAGUACCUCAGGUCCCUCUCUGAAGCCCAAAUGCACUGUUGUCUCAGAAACAAUUUCUUCCAAGAGUAUAAUCAGCCGAUCCAGCAAUGGACAGAUGAAUGGAAUGAAGCCUUCCUUAUCUGGCUACAGAUCUGCCCAAGGUCCUCAAAGGCUUCCCUUUCCUGGUAGUUACAAAAGGCAGCGAGAAUAUGAAGAGGAGGAAGAUGAUGAUGAAUAUGACUCUGAAAUGGAAGAUUUUAUUGAAGAUGAAGGAGAACCUCAGGAAGAAAUAUCCAAGCACAUUCGAGAAAUCUUUGGCUAUGACCGAAAAAAAUACAAAGAUGAAAGCGAUUAUGCCUUACGUUACAUGGAGAGCAGCUGGAAAGAGCAGCAGAAGGAAGAAGCAAAGAGUUUAAGACUAGGUAUGCAAGAAGAUUUAGACGAAAUGAGACGUGAAGAAGAGGAAAUGAGACGUCGAAAGGCCAAGAAGCUGAAGAAGCGUUAGCUGCUGCUUUUAUUUAUUUUUGUGAAAUUCUGAAAACAGUCUGCUGCAAGGAAGUCCUGCCUUCAGACUGAAGAAGCCCCUUAUCAUUUUAGAAUUCUACUUGGGUACUCAAGGAGAAGGAAUGCAUACUGUCAUCUAUCUGCAGGCUGUCGUUAGAGCAUAAAGUAUUUUCAGAUACUUUGCAGGGUGAAAUCUGUAAUGCAGAUGACAUAACACCCAGUGAGUGCUCUUACGAAGCUAACUGUUCACAGGUGCCACCCUUGAUCCUGAUGAGCUAUGCACUCUCAUGUGGGGCCGCUCACAAGUCAGCCAAUCUUAUGUUAUUCCUUUGCUACUCUAAAAGGAAAAAGGAAAGGAUUGCUCCUUUACUUCCGUAAUUCUGCUGCUGUGUGAGUACGGCACUGCCUGGCUCCCAAUCAAAUUUAUUUUGUCUUUUGAUGAGGAAACUGGCCCUUUCAUUAAUGCUGCCAGCAAUAAAGUGACCUGUCCUAACCUAUAUGUUUGGAUUGAGAACUUGAAAAUGUAGAGUAGCUGUUAUAAUUAUAUGGAUGUCAUUUCUGUGACUUUGAAGUAAAAAGUAGAAUAAAUUGUAUUCUGCAUUAUUCAUGGAUUGGAUGCUGAGCAUUCUUAUUCACUAAUUUAGGUGAUUAGGCAAUUAACAAAAAUUUUUCCAAGUUAAAAUACAAGUUAUGCCAUUUUAUAUAAGAAUAUUCUUUUCCAAGGUUUACUUUCAGAUUUACUGUUAUGUUGGCUUUAGUGUAAAAUAGACAAGGUCACUGUGCUGUUUGAUUUUUAUCUAAAAAUUUCAUUUUUAUAUUGAAGAAAAAAUACUUAUUUUAUUCAAACAUUAGAUUUGGAAGAGUAAUAAUAGUUUAAAAAAUAAGGAAGUGACAUGUGAGGCUCCCCUCCUCCCCAUUCCACUCCCCCAUUAUAGAGAUAUUUUGGAAUCCAAGGUGCCCUGGACCUUUUCAUGUUAAUGACUUUGUAUUUUUAUCUUAAAUUCUUUAGUGAUUAACGGUAAAAAACCAAAAACUAAAUUCAUAUGUAUCAAGACCACCACCUUCUCUCUUUGCCCAUAUUGCACUUUUAUUUCAAACUAUGCACUGUGAAGAGAUUUUCUUCCCAGGUGGAAAGGAUGUUCCCUGUUACUGGUAUUUACUAGGCUGGGGACUUCUUCAUUCUCACCUUUCUUCAAGUCAUAUCUAUAGACUUUUUAUCUCUCUUAAGCCUCAAGUCCAAGCAAUUCCAAUCAGGCUGACCUAGGUUCUGGCUGGAGAGAAGCCAAGUCUCAAGGAAAGUCAGCAACAGAAAAUGAGGUAUGAUGAUGCCAGAGAGCAUUUGUCCUUGACUCUGAGGGUUGGGGACAGUGGGACAUAAGCUUGUAGAACAUUUCUGUAAUAAACAUUGUGGCUAUCUUAAGCCAUUGACUGGUGGGGAUUAGGAAGUAGGUGAGGUUAUCCUACAAGAAUCCUUACUCUUCAACAGGUCUAAAAGUUGUUUUUGUAUAUUCUUUUUUAUCCAUAAAGCUUUCUUUAUUCUCAAGUUUGGGUGUUAUAGAUUAUCACUAUUAGCCUUCCUUAAUGGGAUGACCCAUCCUUAAUAGGAAUACCAGUCCUUUUAAGACUUUUGACUCAUCUUGAAUUGAGUUUCAAACUUUAAAAAUGCAAGAACUUCAUUUUGAAGUUGAAUCCUAUGAAAGGUGUCUUCAUCACUAGGAAUAACACCCUUCUAAUGAUUACAUAGAACUGUUAAACACUGGUGGCAGAAAAGCCUAUUGACUGCCUCUCACCAAUCUCAAAUACCUUCAGUGAAAUUGAUUCAAGGGUAGUGUGAUAUUCCAUGUAAUAAAACAGGUUUGGAACAUUAUUUCCUUUGCUGUCACUUAUGUGAUUUUUUUUUCCUCCUUCAAAAGUUUGAAUAUAUUUUUUUCACUAUUCAGACUCGUUGAAAUCUGUAGUUACAAUCAAGUGCUUGUCAUAGCUGAAAGAUUUCUGGUGGCUUAAAGCUUACUAGCACUUUACUCAAUGAUAUUAUGCAGUUAUUUGUACAGAAAGGCACCAUUGUGCUAGCUAAAACUUCCAGAACCUGGUAGAAAAAGUCAGGUUGUGUCCUUAUGUGUCAUCACUUCUGGGUGCAUUUCUUCUUCUAUAAUACAGAUGUUGAUUUCAGUUUUCUUCAGCAUCAGCAUUAUAAAAGGGCACUCCUGUAGCUCAUUAAAAAAAAAAAAAAAAGGUUCUGAAUCUUUUAAUCUUGGCCUUGUUUCCAAAUCAUGUCUUCCAUUUUGUUCUGCAUCUCCUGACCACUCUUACAGAAAGCUCACAAACCUUUGAAGAAACUGGAAUAGGCUGUUAUUUUAUCAAGUUUACAAAUUAAGUGCUUGAUUUUUAAUGUGUCCUCUACUGUUUUGAUUUUCAGAUUUUAUUAAUAUUUGAAGAUGUGCCUUUUAUUGGAUAAUGUUAAGUCACGAAUGUAGUAAUGUUAUUUCAGUAUUGUAAUAAUGUUACAUGAUCAUGGGUGCGGCAUUCUCAAACACGACGUGAAGGGAAAGUAGUUUUCAUAAAACUCAUACAGCUCUGAUUGCACAGUCCCACUUGCUUUAGGUAUUGCUGUGUCAAAGCAGGGGGGACUUUCUUUAAAGGCUACUUUCAGAACUUGUCUUUGUAUUUUCUCUAAACUGUAAAUGCAGUUAUGUCCAUUUGGAGGCCAGGGUACCACAUGUCACAGGCAGCCUUACCUGUGUGCCGUGAGAAGGUUCAAAGACUGUUAACUAGAAAGUCUAUGGGAACUCGAAAUUUCAUUUUUUAAUGUAAUCCCCAAGAUCUUUUCCAAGAAAUACUGUUUUGUAUUUUAUAACUUAAAAGCAGCUGUUAGUACAUUUCUGAGAUACAGCAGGAGACCAAAACAUGUUCGGAAAGAGAAUAAAUAUACGAAGAGAGA